AACUGUGAGGUCAUGCACCCACGUUCUUCCAUUUAUGCGAAAAAUAUUUUGGCUCCCUUGUGUCAGGAAAAUGCAGAAAAGGAUAAAAGAAGAAAUGGAAAAAAGAAGGGCCGGGAAAGUAAUCAACGUUUUGGUCGGUCGGUGGGCGUGAAAAGUAUUGAUGGUCUUUCUCUUUUAGGCUGGAUUCUUUAUCUGCCAGAGUACGAUCUAUAGUGGGAAUCCCAUUUCCGCAACACCAACACAAGUUUUCCCUCUCAAAAUUCUGAUCGGAACGGUCGUAUAUUUCAUGGCUUCUCCACCUGCUCGAUUAUUCAACAGACAAAGGAGUCUUCAUGAGAUUCUUGGUGGUGGAAUAGUGGCAGAUGUGGUGCUAUGGAGGAAGAAGAACGUGGCAGUUGGGAUUCUGGCCGUGACUGCGGCUGCGUGGAUUGUGUUCGAGAAAUCUGGCUAUACUUUGUUGUCUCUCGUCGCCAAUGUUCUGCUGCUGCUCCUUACCAUUCUUUUCCUUUGGGCAAAAGCGGCAGCUAUCCUUAACAGACCACCUCCACCAUUGCCAGACAUGCAUGUGACAGAAGAAAUGGCAGAACAGACAAAAGUCUUUCUGCAUUGUCAGAUAAAUUCUUUCCUCUCCGUUUCUCAGGAUAUUGCCCUAGGAAGGGACUCUAAGCUCUUUCUCAAGGUUGCUGCAUGUUUAUGGAUUAUAUCAAUAGUUGGCGGAUUGACUGACUUCCUGACACUAGGUUAUACCAGCCUGGUCAUCGUGCUCACAAUUCCUGCAUUAUACGAGAAGUAUGAAACUGAUAUUGAUAGAUGUGUGGAUAAAACUUGUGUUAUACUUCAGAAGACGUAUGUAUGGGUUGACACAGAGUACUUGAGCAAGAUCAGGAAAUGGAUUUUGGAAAAAAGAAAAUUGAGCUAGUAUACUGUCUCGUCUAUCAUCAAGUCCUCUGGUUUUUGCUUCGUCACCAAUCAUGGAGGAUGUUGAUUUUUAAAUCAGAAAAUGGUCGAGCUAGCAGACCAAGUGCUCAUCAGUAUCAGUUGAUAUGUCAAAGUUUGAUCGGUGGCAGUCCAUACUCCACAAGGUCUAGAGUUUUUCAAUCUCUUGUCCAAUUGAAAACGUGGGGGUUUUCAGUUUUUGGUUUCAAGUUUUCCAUGUGUGAAAUAAAUUGUAAAUGCAGGUUUUUGUGCGGCUUCAGAGUGAUAAUCCUUCGAGUUGUUUGAUAGAAACCAAUAUGUUUACCCACUUUGUGGAUAUGCAUGUUCUUGUGUUAUGCAUAAGGA